AUGAACAAAUCAACAAAACACGCUAGUUCGAUAGCUCAAGAUGAUGAGGUUCCUAGCAUUGAUUCCCACCUAGAUUAUGUCAAUAAACUCUUAAAGUGGACUAUACAUGACUUGGACCACUUUAUUGACUUUCUGAGAGCACGUCUCUCGGCCGAAGAAAGCUAUAUUCAAUCCUUAAAAAAGAUUACCAGACUUGUAUCUCCACAUGAUACAGAUCAGUGUCCGUUGUUUAGCAAUUUCGAGCCAACCUUUCGUCAAGCAACCCUAGAAUAUGAAAAGUCACUCGAAAAGACAGUUGUACUUCGCUUUGAUUUUACUGUCAAAAUACGGUCUCAGAUUGACACAUUGCUCAAAGUUAGGGAAAAUCAAGAGCACCGAAGAAAAAGAGUCAAGCAGGUAGUUGGAGAGAAAAAUGCUGCUUAUACAAAUUUUAGGACACGAGAUAUCGGAAAGGAACUAGCACAGACUCAGAAACAACCUCCACCAUUUCAACAAUCUCAGCAACCACCAGCCCUAUUGUCUGCUCAAAAUAUUGAUCCCGAAACUGAGCAAUCUAUUAGACAUUCUAUUCCACUUAAUCGUGUUUCUUCUGAAGAGCCACAACCGAGGGCAUCAAGUGAUAGUGGGAGAGAUACUGAUACAAGCUCAAUUUCAUCUGCGAAUUUACAAGAAAUAACAUUUAAGAAAGGAAUGGUUGGUUUUAUGGCCAGUAUGCGGACUCAAUUUGCACAUGCAACUGUUGUCAGUAAUGUAGAUCCUUCCAAACAAACCGCUCGGUUCGCAAAGCUUAAAAAAGAAGUCUCAGAUACAGAUCUGGAGUACAGAAAGGGUAUCCGACAUCUAGAGAAUCUACGGAGGACGCAGGUGGACACUGCGAAACAUGCCAUGACGCACGUUGGGGCCGCCUUUUCAGAAAAGGCAGAUGCCACACGAACCGUGCUUAAGGCCAUUUUGGAAGCUGAGAAAACAACACUUUAUAACGAAGCCACGAUUUUACAAACCGUAAUGCCUAUAGUAGACUGUAUUGAAGCGAAAAGGGAUGUAGAAUCAUUUACAGCCAAAUACGCAAAGAAAGGUUUUAUCAGCCCAACCACUCUUCUUUAUGAGAAUUUUCAAUCAGGUGAAUGUAAAGAUAUCCUUUUUGGAGGGUCUUUAAAUGAGUAUGCUCAGGAACAUAGGAGGGCAGUACCGCUUUUAGUUGUAAAAUGUAUAAAUGCUAUAGAGCAUAUGGGAGGUCUUCAAAAAGAAGGAAUUUACAGAAUAUCUGGACGACAGAUGAAUGUGGAUAUGUUAAAGUGCGACUUUGAGAAGGAUGAGGACGCACUUGAACUAGAGUCCAACAAAUAUGAUGUGUUUACAAUAUCAUCUGUUCUCAAGGUCUACUUACGCGAAUUAAGCGAACCCUUGUUUAACCUCUCGAUUGAAAAAAGAGUAGACUACUCAAAUGUUGAUGAGGCUCAGAGGCACACAACGCUUCAGAUGAUGUUAGCACAACUUUCACAACCUCACCGCUGUACACUCCGUAUGAUCGUUCAACAUCUUUCAAAGGUCAACGCGUAUUCCCAACUGAACAAGAUGAAUCUACAGAAUUUAUCGUACAUAUUUACUCCGUCCAUCUUUCAAGACCACAACCAAGCUGAAAAUGCUGGAGAGUGGUAUUCAGAUAAAGUUUUACAGGACCUUAUUCUUCACUAUGAAACACUUUUUUCAGAUAAUGAGGAAGAGCUUAAGAUCUUGCCCUCAAAGGCGUCUACACUGCGUCUUUCCACCAGCUCCAUUUGCGACCAACCUUAUCGGUCACAACCAAGCGUAACAGAUUCAACAAAAGCACUGAUAAGCUCUUCAACCCAAGACAGCCUAAAAUCACCUGGUGCAUAUAACGAAUCGGCUGUACCAUUUCAAUAUUCUCAAGCAAUGGUAUCUAUGGCCCGUAAUUCAAGCGAAAUGAGUGCAGCUGGUGUAAUUGCAUCGUCGAUGUCUGGACUCGCAAACUCCGCGUCUAACCCAAAUCAAUCGCCAGCUUCUGAUGUUCACUACCCUCACUCAUCUCCAUCAGUUGUGAUGCCUGAUGUGGCUGGUCCGGGAGGUUUGGGAGGUCGAGUAUCGGCCAACUUGAGUCCCAAGAUACCACAAGGUGUCCCAUCCCCUCAACCUAUUUCACAGAGUUUAUCAGAUUCUCCUCUAACUCGACCUGGUCCACAACCUGUGGCUUCUGGAACGAGUCAGUCGGAUACAAGCAUCCAGACCGGCUUCAACCCAAGGAUCCCAGGAACUGAAACACUAGAAUCUGUUCCACCGAUCCCCCCUCCGCAUCAGCAGACGACAAUGACAGCUCAGGAACCCACAAAGUCCAAGGCGUCCGGCAUUUUCCGCCGUGCGACACUACGUGCGAGAUCUGUCAUUCCUCCCUUGCACAACAAGCACCAAUCGUCUCCUUCGGCUUCACAAAUCUCCAAGACAUCGACAACUACACCGACAGUAUAUGGCUCGCCUCCUUCGUCUACAGCUCCAGCGAAGUCUGAUGUUAAGUUGAAUCAGGCAAAGUAAUAGGCCCAUGAAACAAAAGGAAUUAAGAUGAAGAAUCGUACAAACCACCUAUCUUCUUCCCCUUCCUUCUCUUCCCUUCUCUUCCAAAACAAAAAAGAAGAACAGAAAAGUGACUUAUAUGGUCUUUUUCUUACUCUUAUUUUCAUUUUUUUCUUUAAAAAAUAACCCUCCUCUUCCAUAAAGUGACCCUUUUAUAUAUAUAUAUAUAUAUACUUCUGUAUGUCUUUCUUUAUUCCCUUUCCUUUUACAAGGUUUAUUUUAUUUUUUAAAAAAAAAACUAUUAUUUCAAGCAGU